UUUUUCCGCCGUGUUCUUCCGCUGCCGGUAGACAGAACGUGAAACAGCUAAAGAAGAAAAGCAGAAGUAGCAACAACGACCUCAUAAACAACGAUUUGCUUUUUGUUCAGGUUCUGAACCACAGCGGAGAGACGUAGAAACAACAGAGUCCACAGAACUGUAAAUUCUGACCAGUUACAGGUGAGCCACGAUGGCUGUGAAUGUGUACGCAACGUCAGUGACCAGCGACAACUUGAGUCGACAUGACAUGCUGGUGUGGAUCAACGAAUCUCUCCAGAUGAACCUCACCAAGAUAGAAAUGUUAUGUACAGGUGCCGUCUACUGCCAGUUCAUGGACAUGCUGUUCCCCGGCUCGGUGCCUCUGAAGAAGGUGAAAUUUGGCGCCAAGCUGGAGCAUGAAUACAUCCAUAACUUCAAGCUUCUGCAAGUUGGUUUCAAAAAGAUGGGGAUUGACAAAAUCAUUCCAGUUGACAAACUGGUAAAGGGGAAGUUCCAGGACAACUUCGAGUUCGUCCAGUGGUUUAAGAAGUUCUUUGAUGCCAACUACGAUGGGAAGGAGUAUGACCCAGUGGCAAUGAGACAGGGGCAGGAUGCCAUGCCCAGUCCUGCCCCAUCAGCUCUCAACAAACUUCCCAAGAAGACGCCGAAUCAAGCUCCCCAGAAGCCACCGGUUGCAAAAGUGGCACCAAAGUUGGCUCCUGCUGGUACAAGGAAACAAGGGAUGGGCGGUGGAGAUGAAGAGAGGGCAGAGCUCAUUAAUGAGAUAGAGAUUCUGAAAUCUACCAUUCAGGACAUGGAGAAGGAAAGAGACUUUUAUUUUGGUAAGUUGAGGAACAUUGAGCUGAUUUGCCAGGAGAAGGAAGGAGAGGGCGACCCCACACUGCAGAGGAUCAUCGACAUCCUCUACGCCACAGAUGAGGGUUUCAUAAUUCCAGAUGCCGAAGAGCAGGAGGAGUUUUAAUUCAAGACUGCGAGCAGAUUCUCACUUCAAUGUCCUGGUAUACAACCCACCUCAGAGUCCUUUAUCAAGCCAAGGCGGCUUGGUUUCACCUCCGACACCAAGCCCAUUCUCUAUGUCACUGUCUUCAAACCCAACCCCAGCACUGCCCUGUAAUCCAGUCCUUCCCAGAACCAGACCUGUGUGUGGAUUUUGUUGUGGACUCAAUUGUAAAAAGCAUAAGCGAUAUUGUGGCUGUUUUUAUGUGUGUGUUUGUUUGUAUCUGUGUGUGUGUGUGUGUGUGUGUGUGUGUUUAAAAACCUGUUGAAUGCAAAUGAAGAAACUCCUCCUAAUGACCCGGCUGGCCUGCCAGCACUUUGUUCCAAACUAACCCUGAAUGUUUAGUUUCUGUCACGGUGCUGCAGCCACUCUGUGCCUCUGCUGGUGACGAUGAGGAGAAAACGAACGCCUCUUCAAAUUCUGAGGGUCAUGUUGUCUUUUUCUCUUCAUGGUCUUGUUUUCAUUAGUCAUACAUGUUCUCAAACCAGAUAGUCAAAAAAUGUCAUCAGAAAGGUCCAAUUUGAACGUUAUUUGGUCCGCAUGCAGAGCAGUGAUGGGUAUAUAAAUGGUUUUGAUGUCCCUGCAGCUUGCACUACUAAAACAGCCACUAGAGGGCAGAGUUGCUGGCAGUAUCUGGAGCAUCAGACAGAGCAGAGUGUGAAGCUCAGCAGACAUUUGGGAAUUCUUUGUAGGCACAUUACACAACACUUGAUGGACUUAAAAUGGGUCGCUUUUCUGGUUUGCAUGAGGCUGGGUGGUUGUACGGAGCGAGUGCCUGGUGCUUGAGGCGAACUGAUGCCCCAGUGACCCUAUGUUGGACCCAGUUAGCUCAUAGAGCCACCCACACGUUUUCAUUUGUCCGAUAGGACUGAAGGGUAUCAUGCAACCCUGAAAUGUGAGCCCACCUCAACUCCUUCGGGUGCUUUGUUAGUACAGUGUGUCGGGUCUACGUGGCAUCCUCCUUGUCUGCUGACCUUUACUCUGGUUUGUAACUAUCUGGUGCUCUGGUAACUGUCAGUAAAAUCAUUCCUCCAAUGCACACCCUAGUGUCUUUCUAGACGUUCCAGCUACUCGCAGAUCAAAUUAUUUACGUAUGUGAACGUACCAAAUUACAUCCAAAUCUGAGUUGGGCUCUUGACUUUUGAUGCCUCAGAGGAUGUUCUGACUUGAAGCGAAGAUAAAUAUGAAAAUGGUGGACUGCAAGCAUUCACACUAAAUAUUUACACGUUUAGUCUGGGACAAGGCAGCAGUCUGGUCUUCUGGCCUUUUGCUACCUUUGAACAGUCUUCAUUUGGUGCAAAGUGCUUCUGUCCAGUUAUUCUUGUGCCGUUUUUGUCAACGUAUUUUUUAUUUUAUUCCCUCGCCUUUAUGUUCCCUUCUAAGAGUUUACUUGUGCAGAAACCUUUCUAAGGGGAGCUGAGUUGCAUUUCUGUGUCCUUCGUUUUCACAACCCACCGAUUCUCACAAAACCGUCAAAUUUUAAGCUGUUAAAAUGUGCAAUUCCAAAAUCCAGGGGGAAAAAUGGCUUCAUCUUGAAUUAAAAGUGAGAUGAGAUGCUUGAACCUGCCAAUCCAACUUUCAGUAAUGAAUCGUAGAAAGUGCUAAAAGUUGUUGCUGAUCAACAGUGACUGUUCUGUAAUAUGUGUGAUGUUGGGAAGAUGCACUCCUGUUCACACCUGUAGCCUUUAAGCUGGUUCUGGUUUUUAUUUUUAGAAUAUCGCAGAGAAACUAACCAGCUGCAUGAUGAACACUGUGAGCCUAUGAUGGAGACGCCUCAUCAGAUCCUCCUUCCAGUUUGCUCUGGAUUCAUAAAAUGCUCUUCUUUGACUGGUUUCUCAUGCUAGAUUCUACUGUUCCCUUCAUCUGGGAUCAUUCAGUACGAAAGUGACCCCUUUUAAUUACAAUUAUUGUUCUUUCUGGGUUUGGUUGGAGACCGGGUUUUCUAACUAAUGUAAUUUUGUCACAUUUGUUUCUAAUUUAACCAAAACACUGGUGUUUAGUCCUGUUAAUAGAAACUUUUUUCCAACGGCCUUAUUCAUAAAAAUGUUUGUCAAAAAAAGAACUGUUUGGGUUUUAUUUCCCAUUAAUAGAAGCUCUUUUUUUCUAUAAAUAUUUUUCCUGUACCUCUUGUGUGCUGAAAAAUAAAAUGCAGGAUGUAUUUCAGGCAGAUGCUCAGCCACCAAAGGGCGCAGCAGUUCACCUUUUUUUGAAAUACAGCUCUAUUUAUUCUAGUGUAGUUGCACAGAAAAUGUUCAAACUCAGAUGAGUUUUUAAGAUUUGAUCUCUGAAUUAAUCUGUGUUAAAGCUCCAAGCACUGCCAGGAGGAGAACGUAUGGUUGCAGCCCAGGAGCCUUGUUUUUCUCCAUUUAAUUAGUUGCUUGACUUCACCAAGAGCAAACCUCGGUUUUGACCUUUUAGAACAUUUUGGGUUUUUUAUUUUUUGAGAAUGUGUAUGUUUUUUUUUUUCUACUAUCAAAAAACAUGGUUUUUAAGCCCUGUUUGUAAGCCAAGUCCGUGUUGUCUUGUAGUCAAGUUUUAAUUCGGAUCUUAUUUGUUUCUCUGACUACGAUUUCCAAGCUGUAGUUUGGGGGGUGGGAAGGAGGUUUAUGGCUCCCUGAAAAAUCAAAUAAUUCAGUUUUUGAGCAGGCUGCAGUUAAAACCAUUUAAACAAUGGCAUUCAUUUAUAUAAUCUCAUUUAGUUUGAUUUGUCUAAUAAAAGGCUGCUCAAAAAGACGUCUUUCCAAAUAAUGAGGCUGGCAUGUCUGGAACAGACACUAGAGGGCAGUGCAGGUGGAAAUCCAUGUGGUAUUUUCAGGCAGUUAAUGACCCUGCCAAGUCCUUCAGAGCAGUGAGGGAAGGUCACAACCGUUGAUCCUUCAUGGACGUGUUAAACAGCAUCACCGUGACUUGGUGGAGUUUGGUUGGUGUCUUGUUUUGGGGAGGCACGGAACUAGGAGGUUGAAUCAUGAAAAAUACUGGGACUGUGGCUUUGGGCCACCAUAAUCUCUAUACACUCCACAUGUUGGGGAAUCUAUGACCCCCACAGCCUCAUGCGAACCCACCAUGUGACCUCCACUAAACUCCAUCAUGUGCUUCUGAUGCUGUCUAAGAAGCAUCAUCUCACUGCCAAAUGGGAUGGUUCUGCUGCUGAAUGAAAACACCAUGCCAGAACUUCUUCCCUGUGAUUCUCCUUGUUGGGUUUUUGAGACUCAAUUGAUUUCCAUCCUCAUCACUGGUCUGCAUGUGCACCAAAUUACCUCCAAAUCGCGCCGUCCUAUCCUCCAUGUUUUUAAGGAUGUGCAUGGCUGCAGGAGGGCAUAGUUAAAUGUUUAACAUUGUAAAAUACCAAACUUCUUCAGCGACAUUUCAUCAUGACCUAAAACCAUUUCCCACAGCUGAAUAAACAGCCAAGAAAUUACUUAAUCUGACUUCUAUAUUAAAAGCCAUUGAAAGAUUAGUUUUAAUUGUUUGUGGCGCGCAGAUCGGACUUCCAGGGUCAGCAGAACAAACCCUCGCCUGCCUUCUCUGUCCACUGUGACUUUUAAGUCCUUGAAUACCUAAAAUAGACAGAAAGGAGACUUUCUUCAUCAGAAGUGCUUUUUGUCAUGCAACGUUUUACACUGUGGCCUUUUGUACCAAAUCAACCAAGUGCUAAUGUCUUCUCUUACUGCUGGAAGGUCUCUGAAUGUUUUCUGCUUCAUGAGGUGUUUUUUCUUCCAAGCAGCAUUUUGAUUUCUGGUUUUUAUUUUAGUGGAUUUUUCUUUACAUGAACCUGAAAGAGCUCCUUCUUGUUGAGACUUUUUCUGCUCAUGGGUCCUUAACUUUAAAAUCUCACAGAGAUUCCUGCUGGUAAAGACAGAUCAAUAGUUCUUCCAAAUGCCUGCUGUAGCAUAUUGGACUUUUACUUUGAACUAAAUGUUUCUGGGCAGAAUGAAGAUGUGGUAUUAACCACAGACCUCUGUGUUCUCAAAAACCAGUGCUGGUUAGUAUUUUACACUGUGGGCCAAUGGCCACCUGACCUUUCCCCUCUUCUCUCCUCUCUGUCAGGGCUCUCUCUGAUGCGUUUGUUACACUCUGCUGAAGUUGAUCUUUUUAAAUCACAUUUUGUACAAACAAUAAAACAGUGUUUCAUUGUCAAA